CGAAAAGCCACCAUUGGAAGUAAAGUAUGGUCUGCUGAGUAUAGUAAAUUUGUGUCUAUGUAGUUGGUUGACGCGUGAAGAAAAGAAGUCAGUCAUCCCAUCUAGAACGUUGGCGUACAAUGAUGUGCAAAUGAUGAUGUGCAAAACCCUUCUGACGGUGAGGAUAAGGAGUAGAGAUAUUUAUGUUGAGUCUCAACAUUCUUCUCGCGUGGAUAAUACUUAGAAAGUCGAUAUCCUCACUUGUCUUCAAAGCACACAAAUAUCAUUCUUCCCAUGCAGCACCUCUUCCCGUGUACAAUAUUUUUACAAGACGCAGGAGCUACAUUGGUCACCCCUGUAGGUAUGCAAACAAGCUUGCGCGCUGUUGAGCUCCGAAAACGUGGGGGCGGAGCCUACAGGUCUUUGCGCAUUUAUCUUCGUUUCUCAGAUGAAACAGACCGAAGCCAUGUUUUCUUAAUCUAGAGGCCGUUUGGGAUUUUACUUUGCAAUAUACAAGAACUAGCGUGGUGUCACAUUUAUAUUCUGCACGAUGAAGUAACCAGUACUACAACACGCACAGAUUAUAUACAGAACUUGAUGCGUUGAGUAGGUACUUAUCAGCAGUGGGCUGGCCUCGAGUUUUCUCACGUUCGUGUAUGAUGAAAAGUAGUACUCAUAUCUUGUGAACAAACGUGGAAAGAAUUGAUGGAAGUAGGUCGCAACAUUCACAUUCUCCAGCACUGCUGAAGCUAAAGUAGACACCAGGCAUAAGAAACAUAGAGUGAAAAAGUUGGACUUUCGGCGUUUUCUCAAGCCGUGACAGAAUCUCGACCGAACUGUGGUAUGACCGUAUGUAUCCCGCUUGAUAAAACCGCUUUCUCAAGCCGUGAUAGAACCUCGACUCAACUGCAGUGCCGUACUAUCCCGCUUUUACUACGCCUUGGCGUAGUAGAAGCAAGGUGCCGUUGCGAGCUGUGAUUUAGUUUUUUCACAUGGUAGUUAGAUCUCACGCACGCUAGCAGUCCGCUCAACAACUUUCAAGAGAGGCGAAAAACGAGUAGUUUAUACAAAUCCCCGGGCUGUAUGGGGUGCCGCUCUUUUAGACACGGAAAGGAGGGCGGCGUGGCGCGGCAAAAUUUGGCGUCUUUGAUUCGACGACCAGGUUCGCCGAUACCGAACAGUAGAAAGUCAAAAGAAGAGCAGACCUUUUUUUUAUCGUUUAGCGCUUCAUCCUCGUUCUCGUGUAUGAUAGGUACUUUGAAGUUCGCGGAUUGUCGAAGACAGCAGAACGAAGUUCGCGGAUUGUCGUGAAUGAACGGAUCCUGUUCCUGCAGGGCAACAAGCCGGAGCUGCUCUUCGAGCUCAAUGACGUGCUGAAGGACGACUACGAGGCGCUGACGAAGCGGGAGUUCAAGCUGAAACAGGUGCAGCAGGCGGCGACGAGCAGUAGUUCUUCCUCGGCGUCCUCGGGCAACAACGACAAAAUGUGCAGCCUGCUGGAGAAACUGUGUACCCGGGUCGAAGGUUUGGAGAAAAGCCGCACCCCCAGCCCGGAGAAGAAUGCCACCCAGUCCGCCGCCAAGACCGCCAAGGGGCUGAAGCUCAAGGGAGGGAAGAAGUUGACCCGGAAAACCACCACGGGGUGAGUGGAGUAGAACUACAACGAACUGGUGGUGAAGUGGAGGGUGAAGAGGUGUGAUGGUGGAAAGUAAUGAAGGAGUAUUGCAAGACGAAAUAAAAAAUUCCUAGAAAAUAGACUCAGCAAAACCGUUUUUCAAACAGAGUAGGACAGUCUAAAAAAAAUACCGAGCUAUUGUUUGACAAAUUUACAGAUACUGUUACAAUUACCGUUUACGUUUUUAGUUCUUGUUUGACAAUUACAACUUACAAAAAAUGUGACUUGCUAGGCUAAGUACUACGCAGUUGCUUCACCUUGAUUUUUACUAUGCUGUGGAACACUUACACUGCAGGACCGCAUGCAUUUGUGGAAGAGCAAGUGUUCCCAGCGUCUCUACUGCUUUUCGUAUCGUACUACGUUCAUCUGAAUCGUACGGACUUUACGUUGUAGGGACUAUUUUUGAAUUUUUCCAUCGUUAUGUCGUUGAGUGACCUUGGGUACUCAAUAGAAAAAUGUUGCUUCUGUCGUUAAUGCAAAGAUGAAUUUUUGUUUUACCAACUUGUCGUAGGGGAAAGGAAAGCGACUGAUCGUACGUGUUGAAUUUGGCCUUCGUGAUUCAGAAAGUCGUUGCUUUUGCUUUGAGUUUGCUCCACGCAAGAACCACGAAAAUGUGUCACAUGUCCACCACAACACACAGUUUUUUGUUUUUACCUCGACAGUUGGGUGACAU